AGUAAUCAAACUUGAUUCGUCUUAAUUAACUUUGAGCGAGAGAGUGACACGCAGUUAACGAAUGCGCAAAUAUUCACAUCUAAUCCAAGAAAUUGUUAGAUCACAAAUUUGCAAAAAUCUUUCGCGAAAACGUUCGUCAUAAAGGUUGCAUCCAUCCUACUUUUUGCAAGUUCACUUGCAACUCAAACUUCCACGACCACAUAUUCCGUCAAGGAUAACGUCAUCAUUGAAAAAAUACUGCAAAGUUAUAACGGCAAUAUGCGACCCAGCGGCGAAAAUGGAUCAUCUCCCACCGUGGUCAGCGUUAAUUUUUAUAUCAGAUCAAUUCCAGAAUUGGAGGAAGUAAAAAUGGUUUACAAGACACAGCUCACUUUUAGAAUGCAGUGGUUGGAUGAGGGACUUAAAUUCGAAUCAACAGAUGCCCACCGUUACAUAACCCUUCCAGCGACCACGCUUGGAAAAACAUUGUGGAAGCCGGACCUCUUCUUCUCAAACGAGUUGGAAUACUCGAUACACGCCGGUAUAACGCCGAACGAAUAUUACCGGGUGUUUCCGAACGGUGAAGUUUUACACAGUUCCAGAAUUACUGUGAAAUGGUCGUGCCCCAUGAUCUUCGUUUUGUAUCCUUUUGACAAACAGACGUGUUGUAUGCGGAUGGCGAGUUAUGGCUUCACCACGGAUGACAUAAUUUUCAAGUGGAAAGCAGUAGAUCCAGUCCAACUCGCAUCCGAUCUACACUUACCUUCUUUUGCCUUGCAACAGUUUACAACAGACUAUUGCGACUCAAGAACUAACACGGGAACCUACAGCUGUCUCAGGGUGGAUCUCCUCUUCGCUCGAGAACUCAACCGAUAUCUAUCUAAACUUUUUAUCCCCAUGAUAACGUCCAUCCUACUAAUUUGGGUCUCGACUUGGAUAACACCGUCAAACAGUGGAUUGAUCGUGGCACGUGCCUUACUACUCGGCGGGGCCAGUUUUUAUUGUAAGUGGUCCAUCCUAACUGGACCAGCCAGACCUUCGGCCAUUAUUUCCUAUACAACCGCUCUGGACAUGUGGGACACUUUCUGUACUGGAUUUAUCCUCCUGGGAAUCCUGGAGUUUGUGCUUAUUUCACGCGACUGUGGGAAGGGAUGCGACGAUCUUAACGGGUCGCAAGAUAGGCACGUGUGCAGUCGUAGGAUCGACUUUGUGACGAGAAUUAUCUAUCCGAUUGGAUUUUUAGCCUGUGUCUGUAUAUAUUUUGGAGCUUACUUGGCAAAGGCAAAGGAGCAAGAUGGGGAUGAGACAGAGUAGAAAGAAGGGGUCAAAUUGGUUAAACAUACAUAGUUAACCUUUUAAAACGUAUGGAGGCUUUUUGGCCUCCUUGGAAACUUUGCAUUGCUGCGGGAGGAGGUCUUUUAGCCUCCUAAAAUUUUGUGGCAUUCUGCGUGACGAGGUCAAAAGACCUCCUGAAAUUCGGUGCGGGAGGAGGUCUAUUGGCCUCCAGCCAGAUUUUUUCUUCACUGCGGGAAGAGGUCAAUAGACCUCUUCAAAAAAAUAUUUUUUUGUUCUUCAUAAUUCAUGAAAAUUUUAUAUCAUACGCUAAUUACAUACACACACAGUGUGUGACACCGUGUGACCUUGUCCCAACUUGCUAACUUGAUUCCAUUUGCAUACAAAAUUUAUUUGUUGUUAAUUUAAAUCUUCAAAAAUUAAUUUCAAAAUACUCGAAAAACCCUUCCCGCAGUAAGCAUCUAUUUCGAGACAUCCCUUUACGCGCCUAGGUUUUCUCCUUAGCAACUUACUCCCGAAGUAUGACCCAGUGAUCACAAUAAAUUUACCGCAGUAACGCCAUGGCACCGUCGUUACAUAUAUACGUUUUAAAAGGUUAAGUUAUAAAUAGUAAGGAAUCCAAUCCCGGACCAUAUUUUGAAUCCCGGGAAUCGGGACUCCCGGCAGAUAUCAAUCCGGCUAGCUAAAUCCGACGAGUUACGAGAGCCAAUUCUUCGAUUUCUUUUAGAACUUAUCCCUACAAUGUUGUAGUGCAGUCCGUCGCCAAAAAAUCGCGAACGCCCUACAUUACUUCCCCAAUUUAUAGUAUGUUGUGAUUUGUUUGAAUAAGUAAUUAAGAACCAAUAAAAAUUAAUUUUAACUUGCACAGGCGAGAGACAUGUUCAAAAUUA